AUGGCUUCAACUUCUCUGCUACCCAAAACCAUCUCCCCUUUUCUCACAAACCCACCUUCUUCACUUCCCUCGGCUCACUUCACCAAGCCAUCAUUCUUCACUCCAUGCACUAGAAAACCAACCACUCUCACCUACGCAAAGAAAAAGAACCCAUGGCUAGACCUUUUUGACGACGGAGAGGACCCUGACAUGGAAUAUGGCUCACUGUUUGCAGACGGCAAGCAAGAGGAAGAUCCCAGGCCACCUGAUAACCCCGAUAACCCAUAUGGGUUCCUCAAGUUCCCAAUGGGUUACAAUGUGGAGAUUGCUUCUUUGCCAUUGAAGAUUAGAGGUGAUGUUAGGAGAUGCUGCUGUGUGAUUUCUGGUGGUGUUUAUGAGAACUUGCUCUUCUUUCCUGCAAUUCAGUUGAUCAAGGAUAGGUACCCUGGUGUACAAAUAGAUAUAGUGGCAUCAGCAAGAGGGAAACAAACUUAUGAGUUGAACAAGAAUGUGAGAUGGGCUACUGUUUAUGAUCCUGAUGAUGAUUUCCCUGAGCCAGCUGAGUAUACUGACAUGCUUGGAGUUCUUAAGAAUAGGUACUAUGACAUGGUCUUAUCAACAAAACUGGCAGGGCUUGGCCAUGCAGCAUUCUUGUUUAUGGCAUCUGCUAGAGAUACAGUCAGCUACAUUUACCCAAAUGUAAAUGCAGCAGGAGCAGGACUACUACUAUCAGAAACAUUUACACCAGAUAGUACGAAUCUUUCAGAAGGUGGAUAUCACAUGUAUCAUCAGAUGAUUGAUUGGUUGGGAAGACCCUUUCGAAGUGUGCCGAGGCAGCCAGUGCCUCCGUUAAGAGUCUCCAUUUCAAGGAAGCUGAAAGAGUUUGUAGAAGCAAAAUAUAGAGCUGUGGGUGCAGAGAAAGGAAAAUAUAUUGUAAUUCAUGGGAUUGAAUCAGAUUCAAAGGCCACAAUGCAGUCUAGGGGUGAUACUGAUAGCCUGCUGCCUCUCCAAGUAUGGGCUGAAAUAGCAGACGCUAUGAGGGAUUUUAAGCCAGUUUUCGUCAUUCCACAUGAGAAGGAAAGGGAAAAUGUAGAGGAAAUAGUUGGUGAUGAUACCAGUAUUGUCUUCAUCACAACUCCUGGACAGCUGGCAGCUCUCAUCAAUGACUCAGCUGGGGUAAUAGCUACAAACACAGCAGCCAUCCAAUUUGCAAAUGCACGUGAGAAACCUAGCAUUGCACUGUUUUCAUCUGAAGAGAAAGGUAAACUAUUUGUUCCAAAUGCAGCAGAAAAGAAAUGCACGAUUGUCUCAUCUAAGACUGGCAAACUGAAAGACAUCGAUUUUGAAGAUAUAAAACAGGCAAUGCAAAUUUUAGACUUGUCCCUGGUUCUGGCAUAGAAGAAAAAGAGACUCAAUUUUCCUUUUUCUUUUGUUUUUUAAUUUCAUUUUCUUUUUCCCCAUCUUCUCCUUCUUUUCCAAUCUUUAACUUCUAUUUGUACAUGGAAGGCAUAGUGUUGAAAAAUCACAUUGACAGAUAAAUUUGAUA